AUGCAGUGGACUCUUACAAACAACAAUUUGACGGGCUCCAUUCCCAAUGGCAUCGCCAAGCUUUCCUAUCUCACCUUAUUGUCUCUUUCAUACAACGCUUUGACAGGAUCCAUUCCAAAAAGCAUUUACCGGCUUCCUCUGCUCAAUCAUCUGUCUCUUGCAAACAACAAUCUGACAGGCACCAUUCCCAGCGACAUAGUCACGCUUGGUCAGCUUAAUUAUCUGUCUCUUUCAAACAACAUGUUAACGGGCUCCAUUCCCAGCAAAAUAUUCUCGCUUCCUCAGCUCGCUUAUCUGUAUGAAGCCGCAUCUCGUUUGAGGCUGGGGCUAAGCACGCGCGGCACAAGUAGUGGUGGUGACACCUAG